UGCAUUUUGUAUUGCAUGCUGAUAUAUAUAUAUAUAUAUAUAUAUAUUUUGUAAUCAUUGUUCAUCACUAAAUUAAAUUUAUAUAUAUUAUCCACAAUGAAAACCCAGAAAGCUUCAAUUACACCAUUUGUUUUCUUGAUUUCCCUCCAUUUUUUGGCAACCCAGGUUUCGUCGAUCGAUACACUCAAACCAGGCGGCGACGAGUUCAACUCGUCUUCUCAACUCGUCUCCGCGAAGAAGAUCUUCACGUUAGGGUUUUACACCCCGGAAAACACAAACAACAGCUACUUAGCAAUAUGGUACACCGAUGGUUUGUACUCUCCUGUUUGGAUUGGCAACAGAGAAAACCCCUUUCCCAAGAAUUCGAACCCGAUUCUCGCAAUCGGCACCACCGGAGAAAACCUAGUCAUCACCCACGGCGGCGGCGGAGAAUCUUUCGAGCUGUAUUCUGGCCAAUCAGGGAAGAACAUAUCCGCCACUUUGUUAGAUACAGGCAAUUUUGUAGUAAUCUCUGUUUCAGGUGAAGUGCUAUGGCAAAGCUUUGAUUACCCCGCAGAUACCCUUCUUCCUGGUAUGAAACUAGGGAUUAACCAUAAAACUGGAAGAAAUUGGACACUUUCUUCUUGGUUCGGACAAAAUAAUCCGGCGACCGGAGCUUUUACUCUCGAGUGGGACCCGAUUUCAGGCAGGUUGUUGGUUCGACGAAGAGGUGUCGUUUAUUGGACGAGCGGCGAAAUGAAGGAUUAUUAUUACAACGGCCAAGGGUUGGGAGAUUUUAGGGUUAAGGAGUUUGAGAAUAUCAAUCCAAAACCUGAUCCUUUCAACCUCAACUAUAACUUCACUAAUGUAAGCAGCGAAAACGAGGAAUAUUUUACGUAUUCUCUGAUACAAGUUCCAAAUUGGACGCCCGAGAAGCGGAAGGUUAUUUCAGGAUGGAUGCUAAGCUAUCAGGGGAAUAUAUAUGACAAUGACAGGCCUUUCAUUGCAGAUGCAAACCUUUGUUACGGUUACAAUACUCGUGGCUCCAGCUUCUACACGGGAUGCGAAUUGUGGGCCCAGCCAGAGUGCAGAAACGACCGCGAGACGUUCGUUUUGAAAUCGGGGGAUUUUAGGCCGGUCGAUGGGAAAUCGGUACCGUCUGUUUACGACAGUAAUUCGAGCCUUACUCUGAGUGAUUGCAGGGAAAUUUGCUGGAAUGAUUGUGAAUGUGUUGCUUAUAUUGAUGCCGAUCGAUCAGAUGGUUGUGUGUAUUGGAGGGGCAAGAAUUUGGAGUUCGAACAGAGUCUUGAUGGCUCUGCGGUUAGAAAAUACUUUCUUGAAUCUGCAUCUUCAAGCAAAGGUUGGGUUAUUAUAUAUUAUAUGAUGUUGUGUGAGAAACCUGGGUUUUUUUUUUUUUUUUUCUUGGGCUCAAAUACGAUUAGCCUGCUAAUCGAAUUUCUUGAUAUUGUCCGUGAUAGGAAUGAAGAAACAUGUAAAGAUCAUACUUGCUGUAGUAAGUGCAGUAGUGUUGCUUGCCUUGGGCGUAGCUUUUUUCGUUUUGCGAAAAUUUAGACAAGGAAAAAGGGAGGAAGAAUUGCGUGAACUGCUGAUGUUAGAGGGAUACACAGGAACUUACGGGUUUGAUAACGAUGGAGGCAAGAACCACGAUCUUCGACUUUUCACUUAUGCAUCCAUUGUAUCUGCUACAAGCAACUUUUCCUCGGAGAAUAAACUCGGGCAGGGUGGUUUUGGCCCUGUUUAUAAGGGGAAAACAUCAGAGGGACACGAUGUAGCAGUAAAGCUUCUUUCACGACAGUCGGGACAAGGAUUGCUCGAGUUCAAGACCGAGUUAGUACUGAUUUCGAAACUGCAGCACGUCAAUCUUGUUAAGCUACGGGGAUUUUGCAUUCAUGGAGACGACAAAAUGAUCAUCUAUGAUUACAUGCCAAAUAAAAGCCUCGAUUUCUUUCUCUUCCAUCCAUCUAAGAGGGAGGAAUUAAAUUGGCAGCAACGGUUUAAUAUAAUCGAGGGGACUGCUCAAGGACUACUCUACCUUCACAAGUACUCUCGAUUGAAGAUAAUUCACCGUGACUUAAAAGCGAGCAAUAUAUUACUUGAUGAAAAUAUGACUCCCAAAAUUUCCGAUUUUGGGCUUGCGAGAAUCUUUAAGCAGAACACAGACGAAGCUAACACGGAGAGGCGUGUCGGGACAUACGGUUACAUGGCGCCCGAGUAUGCCAUGCAAGGAAUAUUCUCGGUUAAAUCGGAUGUCUAUAGUUUCGGAGUUUUAGUACUCGAGAUUGUGAGUGGUCAGAAAAACAGUAGCUUCCACGAAAUCGAAGGUCCUCUAAACCUGGUCGAAUACACUUGGGAUCUGUGGAGAAAAGAUUCUGCAAUAGAACUCAUGGAUCGAACGAUGAAGGAUUCAUGCAUUGUUGACGAAUUGCAGAAAUGCAUUCACAUCGGGCUUCUAUGUGUUGAAAACCAUGCGGUGGAUCGACCAGACAUCGAAGAAGUUAUAUCAAUGCUUAAAAAUGAAAUGACUAAUUUGCCAUUGCCCAAGAAUCCAGCAUUCAUCACAAGAAACGGUGUGGUUGAAGAAACAAAAAAGAGCACUAUGCCGAUGAACUUAUCAUCGAACGAAGUCACGUUGUCUGAAAUACGAGGAAGAUAGGAUGAUUACAACCCAGUCAAAAGUGACAUGCUUAAAAUUGUUACAUAUGUAUAUAUCAACCAUGUAAAAUAUGUUUAUUCAAUUUAAAUCAAAAUCCUUGUCU